AUGCUUGUUGAAACCCGUAGUAACUUACUUGGUGUAACUGUAAAUCCACGAAAUCGAGAAUUGAGUUGUGGUGGCAGAUCAGGUGGAGAAGGAAGUCUUGUUACAUUAAAAGGAACCGAUGGUGGAAAAGACGUACAGGUUGCUCUUGAUCUAAGUGGCGAACCAAAACAACCAGAUGUUUAUAUUAGAUCAAAAGAAAUUGAAUUGAGAGUUUAUGAAAAUUGGCAACUCAACUUAGCUCGUAUUGCCUAUGCAACGAGAUAUCUUGAAAAAUGUAAUAAGACGUGUCAAAGAGCUUCCACAGGUCAUUUAGUCGAUGGAAUCAUUUCAGCUGUUUUGGCACUGCCUACCUAG